AGCUCACUUCCGAUGUGAGCUCCACAAAGCUGAGCUGAAACACACAUCACUUACAGACUCGUCAUCAUCAUCAUCAUCAUCAUCAGGACCUUAAAACUCACUCUGAAGCCAACAAGAAAGAACGCACAGCUCUGGGUGUGUUAGAGGAGUGAUGGAGGAAUGGAUGAGAUGUGAUUAGAGCGUGAGAGCUGAGGAAUAAAAUCACACAAACCCAAGUGUGGGGCUUCAGACACAAACUCAGGGGAAUAAAGAGCGUAAAUAAAUAAAUCCAUACGCAGGAAAAUCAGAUUUCAGUGUGGUUUAUGUGACACUCGACUUGUCUCACUGCUUGGUUAAAGCUCCGCGUCAGUGAGACAGGUGGACCUGGUGCUGGGAUCAACUCAGACUCAUCACAAAAGUUCAGUUUGAGAUGGAGCAAACAUUCAGAGCCGUCACACGCACUCCGGGCAUCAUCAUCUGGAGAAUCGAGAAAAUGGAGCUGGUUGUUGUCCCGGAGAAAAGUCAUGGCAAUUUUUUCGAAGGCGACUGUUACCUUCUGCUGUGUACGAAGAAAUCAGGCAGCAUGAUGAAGUACAACGUUCACUACUGGAUGGGAGCCGAGUCAAGUCAGGAUGAACAGGGCGCUGCUGCGGUUUACGCCUUUCAACUUGAUGACUUUCUGGGCUCAAAUCCCAUCCAGUACCGUGAGGUCCAACACAGCGAGUCCAGCACCUUCUGUGCGUACUUCAAACAGGGAAUCAUUUAUAAAAAAGGAGGCAUGGCUUCGGGAAUGAAACAUGUGGUGACGAACUCGAGUGACGUUCAGAGACUGCUGCAGGUGAAGGGAAAGAGGAGCAUCUCCGCCAAAGAGGUGGAAAUGAGCUGGAGCAGUUUUAAUCUCGGAGACGUUUUUCUGUUGGAUAACGGAAACUUGAUUAUCCAGUGGAAUGGGCCGGAGAGCAGGACACAGGAGCGCCUGAAGGCGAUGUUGUUGGCAAAGGACAUUCGCGAUCGUGAGCGUGGAGGACGUGCUGAGAUCGGGGUGAUCGAGGGCGACGCAGAGGAUAAAUCUCAGUCAUUAAUGAAGGUUUUGUGUAGCGUGCUCGGAGAGCGGCCAGCGAGUCUCCCGGGCGGAACCUCGGACGAAAAUGCAGAUCAAGAACAAAUGUCUCAGGUUACGUUAUACCAUGUCUCUGAUGCUGAUGGGGAGAUGAAGGUGAAUGAAAUCGCCAGCAGGCCUCUGGUGCAGGAUUUAUUAAAUCAUGAAGACUCUUACAUCGUGGAUCAGGGAGGGGUGAAACUAUUCGUGUGGAAAGGAAAAAAAGCAAAUAAAUCUGAGAAACAGGAAGCGAUGUCGCGAGCUGUGGAGUUUAUUAAGCAGAAAGGUUAUCCUCACAGCACCAGUGUGGAGGUGGUUCAUGACGGAGCUGAAUCAGCUCUGUUUAAGCAACUGUUCCAGACCUGGAGUGUUAAAGAUCAGACUGUAGGGAUGGGACGCACACAUAAUGUGGGCCGAAUCGCCCACGUGACGCAGGAGAAGUUCGAUGCCAUGACGCUGCACGUGAUGCCUGAAGUCGCCGCUCAGCAGAGGAUGGUGGACGAUGGAAGUGGACAAGUGCAGGUGUGGAGGAUUGAGAAUCUGGAGCUGGCUGAAAUAGACCCUAAACUACACGGUUACUUCUAUGGAGGCGACUGUUAUCUCAUCUUAUACACAUAUGAAGUUAACAACAAGAAGAACUACAUCCUGUACAUGUGGCUGGGUCGUCACACGUCUCAGGAUGAGAUGACGGCGUGUGCGUUCCAGGCGGUGGCACUGGAUCAGCAGUACGAUAACCAGCCUGUUCAGGUGCGAGUGAAGAUGGGUAAAGAGCCGCGACACUUCAUGGCCAUGUUUAAGGGCAGGAUGGUGGUGUUUGAGGGAGGAACCUCCAGAGAGGCAGAGACAGAGGAGGCACCCUCAGUGCAUUUCUUUCAGGUCUCUGGAACCGAAUUGUCCAACACCAAAGCGAUCGAGGUUCCAGCUGUAGCGGCUUCUCUCAACUCUAAUGACGUGUUUCUGCUGAAGAGUCCAAGCACAGUGUUUCUGUGGUACGGCAAGGGCUCGAGUGGAGAUGAAAGAGCGAUGGCUAAAGAGGUGGCCGCUUUUCUCGGCCAAGGGCUUUCUCAAGAAGUCAUGGCUGAGGGACAGGAACCCAUUGAAUUCUGGCAGAUUCUGGGAGGAAAAACUCCGUAUGCAAACGACAAAAGGCUGCAGCAGGCCGUGACCGAUCACGAGCCACGUCUGUUCGAGUGCUCCAAUAAAACAGGAAAGUUCAUUGUCACUGAAGUCUCUCCGUUCACUCAGGACGACCUGAACGAGACCGACAUCAUGCUGCUGGACACCUGGGAUCAGGUGUUCCUGUGGAUGGGAGCACAGGCGAAUGACACAGAGAAGAAGGAAUCCAUCAUCACGUGUCAGGAAUAUUUACGCACACAUCCCGGAAUGCGAGACCCCGAGACUCCCAUCCUUCUCAUUAAACAGGGCUUCGAACCCCCGACCUUCACCGGCUGGUUCCUGGCUUGGGACCCGAGCAAGUGGAGUGGCGGGAAAACGUACGAGCAGCUGAAGGAGGAAAUGGGUGUGGUCACAGAAGCAGUGGACGUCACCACGGCAGGAGAAACCGCUGAUGGGGCAAGCAGUGAUCAGAGCGGUGCUGCUGCCGAAGAGGACAAUCGAGUGUACGAGUCUUUUCCUCCUGAGGCACUCAUCAACAAAUCAACCGAGGAGCUUCCAGAAGGAGUCGACGCCAUGAAAAGAGAGAAACAUCUGUCAGAUGAGGAUUUCGUCUCCAUAUUCCAGAUGUCUAAAGAUGAGUUUAACGCUCUGCCACAGUGGAAACAGCUGGACUGCAAGAAAAAACAUGGAUUAUUUUGAACUCUUUAGUGUUUUUCUGUUUAUUUAGUCAGUGACGUUGAAUUUACACUGCUGUAAAGAGUUAGUGUUCAUGCUAGGAGUUCGUAGAAAUGUGUCAAAACAAUGAAGCGCACUAUUCUAUAUGUGUGUAAACUUUACAGUUUCAGAAACUAGAUUAGCCAUGCCUGAAUGAAAUGAAUUAUACAUAGAGUUGAUUAGAGAAUGAGUAUCUUAUUUUAUUUAUUUUCUAUCAGGGUUUAUGGGGAUUAUUACAGAUUAACGAAAUUUGUAUGCUUUUAAAUAGUAUGCAAAUAUCAGUAGAGAAGAAUAUUUAACCAUCAGUCCUGAAUGCUGGCGUGUGGAGGCGUUGUGUUAUUGUUUAAACAACUUCAACAUCUCAUUUAAUAAUCUACAUCUCAUUUCAAUCUCAUCGAAACUAAAAAAAUGAUGUUAUAAUGCUGUAAAGCAACAUUAACGCUGUGCCAGUUUAUUAAAUGUUAAACACAAAGGUUCUGUUAAUAAUAUAACACUAGUAUGAAUGAAAUCUUGGCCGACUGUAGCUGUAGUGAUAUUUUUAGUGCAGUAAAAUACUUCAGCUCCGAUUACUGAGUCUCAUACGAAUAAAAUAAAUUUUAUAACAGAGUGUAUUGUAGACUUUCUGCACUCAGACCUGAAAUGCAAAUACACACUGAUGUAAAAUGAAACAAAUUUAUGCAAAUGAUUCCUGAUAGGUUUCUCUCUCUCACACACAGGGACUGCAGUGCAGCGGCUCUGUGGCUUCACAUCUUAUUCAUAUUUACUUUACAUAACCAUAACCCUGUUUUAUUGUGGAAUGUUAAACUGACUGUACCAGAUGAUAA